AUCUCAGAGAAAGAAAAAAAAAACAAGAAAAAAGACAAGAAGAUAAAAAGGAUGGAGAAACAGUUACAUGAAUCCAUGGAGGCUGCUCACAUUGAACAAGCCAUUGGAACACACGAGUCGUCGCCGAAAAAGGAGAAGGAAAAAUCCCAUAAGCAUAGAGGAAUAUUUCAUCUUCACCACCACUCAAAAGAUGAGAAAGAAGAAGAGAAGAAGAAAGAAGGAUCAAAGAGAGAGAAGAUAGCUGCAGCAAUGGUUGGUCUUGGAGCCACCCUCAAGAAGAUUAAGCAUCCGCGCAACCACGGAGGAGGUGGAAAAGAGGAACAAGAAGGAGGAGGAGGAGGAGAAGGUGAAGAGGAGGAAGGAGAAGAAGAUGAGUCUUCGGAGGAGGAAGAAGAAGAAGAAGGAGAUGAUGGUGGGGAUGAAGAAGAGGGAGGCAAGUUUAGUGCUUUCAUUACAAUGAUCGCCGAAGCCUUUGAAGAAUGAAAAUUUAAUUUGUGACUCAUCUUUAUUCGAAUUUGCUAUCAAAUUCAUUUGUAAUGUUUCUACUCUUUCUAAAUUUUGAAACGGGACGUUGAAUUAUGAAAAAUUAUAUGAUC